AUGUUGUUUUGCUUUAUUUAUAUAUUAUUUGAACUAAGUAGAGCGGUAGAUAUCGAAAAUGAUUUCGGGGUGCUUAAGCAAGAUUUAAAGAAUCAAAAAUUCUCCCAAAAAGAGAAAAAAAUUAGCAAAAUUUCCUGCUUUAAAAAUUUUAUUCAUUCAGUAACUAAUUUAGAUAUAGUCUUCUUUGGUUUAGUAUUAAUCCUCAUCGUUCUUUUAAUAAUGAUUUUACCUCCUACUAUUCUUUGUUUUUGUUGUCGGUGGCAAUGGUAA